UGAUUUGAAGAAACAAUCCAGUUGCAACAACACAAAAAGGCAACGAUUGUAGAGACCCACCCCUUCUCUCAACGGCUAGAUGUCAGAUUUUAAAAAGCUGUUAACCAAAGUCUAAAAUGACGACCUCUAAAGAGUUUUCCCGAGAGAAAAAAAAAAAAAAAAAGAAAGAAAGAAAGAAGAGAGAGUCACAAUCAUGUCUUAGGUGGCGGUGGUUUUGGUGUUGACUUGUAAACAAAUAGUGAAGAGUAUUGUCCCAACCGAAUUCAAUAUUCAACACACUUGGCACAAAAUUCUCUCAAUUACGUGUUAAGUUCUUCAUUUGAAGACAAAGUGGCAUCAAUUUCCAACUUCCUGUUCAAUCUGAUCCAAAUAUUCAGUCAGAUUUGCAGGUUUUUUGAAUGAUCCAUCGAAAAUGGAGGAAUAACAAAGUCCAACUAUAUCUCGGAUCUUGUUUCUUGGGUGAAUCUACAGUGUUUGGUAGAAAAGAAAAUUUUCUUGGAUCGGUUUCCAAAGAGAACGUUAAUAGAAUUGCAUAUCCAUUGAAAGAUCUAUCUCAAAUCAGGAUAUUGUUAUAGAUGUGUAUACAUAUAGAUAAUAGAUUUGCAGGACUCUGAUUUUAUUUAGAAUUGUGUGUAUGAGAGAGAGAGAGAGAGAGAGAGUUGGAAGAAGGGUCUGUUGCAAACAUGACCAGUAAGGAACCAGUGAAGUUUGACGACGAGCAGCUAGCCGAGCUGCGAGAAAUUUUCGGAUCAUUCGACCGAAACAACGAUGGCAGCCUCACACAGCUCGAGCUGGGAUCACUAUUACGCUCACUCGGCCUAAAACCGAGUCCAGAUCAGCUCGAAACCCUGAUACAGAAAGCUGACACCAACAGCAAUGGCCUCAUCGAAUUCUCAGAGUUCAUCGCCCUGGUGUCGCCGGAGCUUCUCUCCGAUAAAUCACCAUACAGUGAGGAACAACUUCAUCAACUGUUUAGUAUGUUUGAUAGAGAUGGAAAUGGGUACAUUACAGCUGCAGAGUUGGCUCAUUCCAUGGCCAAGCUUGGACAUGCUCUGACCGCGGAGGAGCUCACCGGAAUGAUCCGUGAGGCCGACACUGACGGCGAUGGCCGGAUUAGCUUUCAGGAGUUCUCUCAGGCUAUGACUUCAGCUGCUUUUGACAAUUCCUGGGUUUGAGAAGUGGUAUUUCUGAGGUUGGAAAAUAUCUUUACAAGCCAGAGAGAUGUGUCCAAUUCAACAAACAAAAUGCCAGAAGCCUAAGAAGGCGCCGAUUCAACUCAACCGUAAGCAGCCAUUUUCCCAGUUAGGAGCCGAGUCUUGCAUCGAUAAGCCUCAAUCUCAGUUUGAAAGUGAGGCUUUUCUUUCACGAUAAUACCAAAUUUUUCGGGGCCGUAUUUAUUUUUCUUCGAUCUCUUCUAGGUUUACAAAUGCAACAGCCACCUGUAUAUAGAAAAGAACUCAUUUUGCUUAAUUGUGUUAGUGAAAUUAAACACAUUUGAUUUCAGUAUAUAAACAGUGGAUGAAGUUGUUCCUCGGU